UAUCUUACCUUCAUUUGAACGCUCCGCGCGCCUCAUCGCGGCUCCAACAAUGCGCUUAUCUUUAUCGCCAUCACAAUGUACGAACACAUCUUCAGCUGCGCAUCCGUCGUCUCCGUCUGGAAGAACCUACGAGCCGGACCAGGACAGGAUGGGCUAGUCGUGACGUUCCAAUACCCACGAGGAACGGGCGUAACACCUGCCGCAAACACAAAUGGGAUCAUUGGGAAACUUGGAGGAGUAGGAAAGUCUGGAGGUGUAGAGGGAACCGUCAAAGCGAGCCAGAUCGGGCUGAUCGUGCCCUGGCGCAGUCUGAGGGAGCAGGAGAAGCAGGCGAAAGAGAGGGAGAGGGAGAUCGCCGAGUGCGUCGUUAGGCUCGUUGGAGAAGUGGGAUUUGAAGAACUUCCCCCAUCUCUCCAAAACUCCGCGUCCUCGAACCCCUACAUCCAGAUCCGCCAUAUUGCAGCCGGCAUAUCGCGUCAGAUGAGCAGAGUAGAGUGCGCGAUGAUGGAUAACGCGCCGUAUGCGCGUGGAAAGAAUCUACAUACGGGUGGUGAGAUCGUGCGCAAGUUUCUGCCGUCUAUCACUGCGCUUUUCCGGCAGGAUCCGGCUCCGCGACGUAUGACCUUUGAGUUGCUUGUUGAGCUGAAGGAUAUCGUACUUUUUGGGACCGCGUGCGCGGACAGGGAGCUCGUAGAGGAUGAUUUGAACGGGUACACGAGUUUUGAAGAGGUGGAUGAGGCGUUAGCAAAAUCACUUGGAGAGAGCGCAAAGGAGAGAUGGCUGGAUGAUGAAGACGAAAUUUUAUAUCAUUUGGAGGGCUUCGAGACGACGGCCGAGGCUAUGAAGAGGCUUGGUGUGGAUGAUUUCUGUGCGAAGGCUAUUAUUACACUCAAACGAAUGGUCGAUCGACGAACGCUGUUUGAGUUUGCACAGAAUAAGAAGAAGAGGGAUGGGAGGUGCAGGGAGUACUCGAGAUGCAUGAAAUGGGCAGAGACAGCGUGGAAGCAGGGCGGCGGGUGCAGGAGAGGAUGUAAGAAUGAAGAUGAAGAUCCGGAGGGCUUGCCUAGUUGGCAUUCGAGCAGUAGGCACUUUGUGAAAAGCGGAAUGAUUUCUAUGAGUAAUGGGAGCUCGGGCGCCAAGAGACUGGAGUCUAAGGGAUGAGAAAGCUGGAAAUUUGGGCAGGAGUUUUGCGACUGGUAUACCCUUUUUUACUCAACUAAGUUUUCUUUUGUCACACUUUUUCAAGUCGAAAAACGGCCUUACUUGUCAUCUGGUAGGGAGAGCACAAUGCCUUAUAUUGUAGCUGUCUGUAGUGAUUUCAGAGGUCAGAACCAUAUGAAGUUCAGUAUAUUGUAGGAACAGAAACUCGCGACGUCGCCCCAGCAGCGGUAGAGGGACAUACACAGCCCGGAACCCUAAUAUAUUCCCCUAGCCAUCUAGUACCU